UAUAAUUAAAAAAAAGUGAAAGAAAAAAAAAAUCUGGUCUUUAGUUCUGUUCUGAGAUGGCUCUGUUGACAGCGGUCUCCUUCUCAUCCGUACUGAUCUCCAUGUCCGUCCCGAUCCGAGGUUGUCGUCCUUUGAAGAACAAGCACUUGUCUUGCAAUAUCCCGAUCAACGCUUCUCUGAGUCCUUCUUCAUCUCCUCGCGAAUCCCAAUCCACUGAACCCACCAUUCACUCUUCCUCUGCUUCUUCUUCUUCCUCCUCCUCCUCCUCUACACCCCAAAACGACACAAGCUUCGGCUAUGCUUUCGCCAACUCCGCCGCCAAUCCCGUCGUCCGCUUCGUCCGAUCCACCGAGUCCUCCAUCGAAAGGAUAAUUUUCGACUUUCGAUUUUUGGCGCUGCUGGCUGUUGGAGGUUCAUUGGCUGGUUCCCUCUUGUGCUUUCUCAAUGGUUGCAUUUACAUUAUUGAUGCAUAUAAAGUAUACUGGAGUAGUUGUGUUAAAGGGAUUCACACUGGAAAUAUGGUUUUAAGAUUAGUCGAAGCAAUUGAUGUCUACCUUGCUGGGACAGUGAUGCUAAUAUUCGGCAUGGGUUUAUACGGAUUGUUCAUCAGUAACGUGCCUCCUGAUGCGCAUCCCAGUGUUGAUCGCGCGCUGAAGGGCUCUUCUCUGUUUGGAAUGUUUGCAUUGAAGGAGAGGCCUAAGUGGAUGAAGAUUAGCUCACUGGAUGAGCUAAAGACAAAGGUGGGACAUGUUAUUGUCAUGAUUCUUUUGGUGAAGAUGUUUGAGAGGAGCAAAAUGGUGACAAUAGCUACCGGGCUGGAUCUUCUGUGUUAUUCUAUUUGUAUUUUCUUGUCAUCUGCUUCUUUGUACAUUCUUCAUAAUCUUCACAAGUCAGACACAGAGACGGACUAGGAAUUUUCACUGCAUGUUUAGCGAAAGGACAUGUAUGUAAUAUAUAGUUCAUGUAAGUAAUGUACACCUUGUUUGGUUUGUUGUUCCAA